GCUCCUGUUGCAGCCCGAAAUAAGGCUGACCCACGGACGAGGCGAGAGUGAUUCUUGUCAGCUGAAGCCAGCACUGGCUGUAGGGCACACCCUGCUCGCUGACCGCAGACCGCUGACCAGGGAGACUGCAAUAGACACUCACCACACAACUCCAGCUCCCCGACUGAGGUGUUAAUCUUGAGGGUCUGACUUUCCUUCCCACCUACUGUGGCCCCUGCAGGAUGAUCCCCAAGGAGCACAAGGAGCCAGUGAUGGCUGUCACAGGAGAUCCUGCUGAACCAGUCCCUUCACUGGACCUGGGAAAAAAGUUGAGUGUGCCUCAGGACCUGAUGAUAGAGGAGCUGUCUCUCCGCAACAACCCGGGAUCCCUCCUCUUCCAGAAGAGGCAGCGCCGGGUGCAGAAGUUUACCUUUGAGCUUUCAGAAGGUUUGCAGGCUCUCCUGGCUGGAAGUGUCCGAGGGAAAGUGACUGGCAGAGCAGCACCAGAGACGGUUCCCAAUGGCCCGGAGGAACAACAGAACCAUCGCUCCGAGCUUCACGUGUUCCAGGGGUCGCCGGGGGAUCCCAGGAUUGCCCACCAGGAAGUGGUUGGGGCUGAGUCGCUCCGUAGUCCAAGCGCCCUGGCACCAGGCUAUGCAGAGCCAUUGAAGGGCAUCCCGCCAGAGAAGUUCAACCACACCGCCGUCCCCAAAGGCUACCGUUGCCCGUGGCAGGAGUUCAUCAGCUACCGAGACUUCCCGAGUAGCAGCGGAAGUCGCACCCCCAUUCUCCGCGACUAUCGCAACUUCAACAAGACCCCAGUGCCAUUUGGAGGACCCCAUGUCGGGGAGACCAUUUUCCAAGCAGGCACCCCUUUUGUCCCGGAGCCCUUCAGUGGCUUGGAACUUCUCCGUCUCAGACCCAGUUUCAACAGAGUUGCUCAGGGCUGGGUGCGGAAGCUCCCUGAGUCUGAGGAGCUGUAGGAGCUGUAGCCUCAACCUGAAGCUACAGUUCCUGGGCUUAGAGCUCAAGAAACACCAUGUUUGUCUCUACUCUGCUUAUUUGCUUUUUCUUUUUCUUAGUUUCCCCCCCCCCCUCCUCUCUCUGAGACAGGAUCUUGCCCUAUAGCCUGAUUGGCUUGGAACUUAAUAUGUAGCCCAGGCUGGUUACAAAGUGAGCUGGUUACAAGCACCAGGGUUACAAAGUGAGCAUGCCAGGCUGACUUCAUUACUGAACGUUACUAAAUAUAGCAGUUCAAAGAUCACUGGGUUGUUAGUCCUCAGAGCAGAUAUGCAUCAAACGUUGGCACUAAUGUGAAUUUGGAACUUGUUCUAGAACUCACAGCCUCAGAUCCACCUGUGAUAGGAGGUGUUAGUAUCAAGUACUCCAGGUGGCUUGUGUAAGUUGCCUAUGGUGUGUGCAUCUCUAGGAAGCUAUACCCAUGCUUGGUUCUGCCUGGCCCCAGCAGCUGUCACUCACUUGAUAGUAGUCCAUAUACGUGGAUUGUUCUGAUCAUUAGGGAAGGAGUAACUUGGGAAUGCAGCUGUUUGUAGAAUGUUUGUCUAAUGUGGCCUACAGGCACAAAGCCCUGGGUUUGAUUCCUAGCACCAUGUAAACCAGUAAUAGUGGAUAUGCCUAAAAUCCAGCACUUGGGAGACAGGGGCAGAAGGACUGAAAAUCUGAAGUCAUCCUUGACUAACAAUGAACUUAAGGCCAGCCUGGGGUACAUAAGACUCUAUAAGAAAAAAGGUUGUAACUCAGGCGAUGAACUGUAGCUGAGGACAACCUUGAACUCCUGAUACUUCUGCCUCCCUCUCCCAAGUGCUGAUUAACAGAUGUGCACCCCAUGACUUCUCACUUGCUGAGACACAGCUGGCUCUCCUCUGCACAUGUUCUCAGUAUUUCUGAAACAUCUGCUCCAUGCUAGAUAGUGCCAGCCAAGGUCUCAGGGGAAAUGGUAGGGAGGAGAUUUGUAAGGCAGUUGAAUUCUGACAGCCAGGAGAGCAAAGUAACACGAACAGGAGAACCCUGGAUGGGUGGGUGGCACUUCAGGAUCCUGUGUGGGUGAGUGGGAUUUCAGAAACUUUCCAGAAGAUUUGAAUCAGACCUUAGAGAAGGAAUGGGAGCCCAUCAAGGAAAGGAGUGAGGAGGGCGUUUCUGGCACGUGUUGAGGUGGGAACUGCAGAGUACGGUGUUUUGGAGAGGGGAGAGGCUGUGGAGUGAGACAGUGGCUCUACUGGGUAGAGCAGGAAGAGGUUAACACUGGCCUCACUGGUUUCUAUGUGGGGCUCAGGAGAAUAGCUGGAGAGCAGGAAAGGCCUGGAACAGGAAGGGAGAAAAAAAGGGGGCCAGCUUGUGACACCCUUUACAGAUCAGGUACAAACUACAACACUCACACCUUCCCAUGCUCCAUUCUGACAAGAUUCUAGUCCAAGUGAUGAGGAUGACACUGCUGACAGUGAUGUGUGAGUCUUAAGUCUCUUCUGUAGAUGUGGCUAUCCAUCUCUAAAAGCAAACGAGCUGUCUGGACUGGAGUCAGGGUGGAAGAACCAGAGUCUAUUAAGGACUUCUGCCCGAGAACCAUUUCACUGGCUGAGCCGAUGCCUACUCAUUCUGGAAUUGUGGAGCAGUGUUACCUGUAUCUUGUGGGGACCAGAGGCACCCCACUAGAUAGGACUUGGACCCUGAGUGGUAUGAACUUGGGGAAGCCAUUUUCCACUGAGCCUCUGCUUCUCUAUUUGUAAGGUAAAGACAAGCAUAGGUCUUCUGCAGGGCUUGGGAGCAUAGUACAGGACAGUCCCAGAUACUCCACCGCUCCUGUUAGAUAUGCAGUUGAUGCCGUUUACAAAGCAGGCUGUGAGGAUGCAGGAUUCCAGGUCAGUGAUGAGGAAUGCUAGCCAGGCUGGAUGACCCAAUGGCUGUAUUUUUCUUUUGCUCUGUGGAGUUUUGCUUCCCUUCCUGGUUCCAGGGAACCAGUAGCCUGAAUCUUGGGAUUCCUUGCAGUUGAUGUUUCCCUUGGGUUUGGGACUGUCAUUGAAAGCCAAGUUUCCAUAAUCUAUAGACCAACACCAUCAGAAAAGUGGGAUUUUGCUUGUUUGUGAAGCUUGCAGGAAGGAAAUGUACUCAGUGCAGAAGAGACCCUGGGAGGGUGGGGUUCUGUACCCUAAAGUAGGUCCUCAUUCCUUCUUCUCAUGUGACUUUUGCUACUUAAUAAAAAACACUGGUCUUUAAUGGAA